GGCGCAAAGGUAGGGCAUAUGAUGUACAGCAAUCUUCAUCAACUCCUUGACAUCAACUUCUCAGCUCCAAAUCCUUGGCUCCAGGUUCAAUUGGUGCUCUCAAUGAGUGGUUCUUUGGUUUGGCAGUGCUCUCGAUGGCUUCAGCCCCAUCCAGGCGAGCGGGUCGGCAGUGACAGCAGCGGGAAUAUUCUGCGGCACAGCGGCAGCCAGCAGAGUGUCGACAGCGACGGCAUGUGCACAGGAUCCAGCGACACAGCGAGUGGCGGGCUUCAAGCUGCCCCCAGAGCUUUGCUUGGUAGUACACCCCCAAGCAGGCUGAUGUGA